AUUCUCUCGGCUUUCCCCGGCAACGCAGCCGUGCCUCCUCCGUCCGCAGUGUUUUGGACAGCGGCACGAGGAACGCCCCGCGGCCUCGCCAGUGUUUUGGACAGCGACACGCGGAAAGAAACGCUUCUCCUGAGCAGGAAAGUGUACGGAUAAUCGGGAUGCCUGAGGGCCCUCCGCUGCCUACGUGAGCACCUUACACCACCAGGAAAGUGUGGGUGCACGUCACCACACUCCCUCCUUCGAAUGGUAAAGGAAUGGUAAACUUAAGAACCAUGAGGCGCUGGUUCACGUCCAUCACCGUCGUUGCUUUCACACUUGCAGUGAUCUUCAACUGGUCGCUGCUGGUGUCUUCCAAGAAGCCGAGUGACAUGGAGCAAGCCUUCAUCAGUGACACGGCCAAGCAGUACACAGAGGAUCGUGUGGAGAAGGCCUUGGAGCCGGGACCUGUGCUCCAAGCUGCACAGAGUAUUAAGAACUUGGAUGAUGCCAUGGCUAAGAUAAAGGAAUUGGAGAAGAGAUUGAAAGAAAUUGAGUACAGAGUGCCCAAAAAAUACCCAGAGGUGAAGUUCCUCACCUACAAAGAUCGGAAGAGGAUUUUGAUAACAGGAGGAGCUGGCUUUGUGGGUUCACAUCUGGUUGAUCGUUUGAUGAUGGAGGGGCAAGAAGUAAUUGUGGUGGACAACUUUUUCACAGGACGUAAAAGAAAUGUGGAGCAUUGGAUUGGCCAUGAAAACUUUGAGCUCAUCCAUCAUGAUAUUGUGAACCCUCUCUACAUUGAGGUUGAUCAAAUCUACCACUUGGCAAGCCCAGCCUCACCACCACACUACAUGUACAACCCAGUCAAGACCAUCAAGACCAAUACAGUUGGGACAAUAAAUAUGCUUGGUGAGGCUUUCAUUUUGUUUGUCUGA